AUGUCCGCAAGUUUUUCACGCCGAGUUCGACGCCGGUUCUCGCGGGAGUCAAAAUACUCUGGGGAGCAUCGUAUCGCCUUUCCGUUUUCACUCAAAUCAAAACCAAGUACCGUCAAGACAGAGAAUGAGUUGGCGAUCUUUCAAGAUGCGGGAAGCAGUCUGAUGAACGCGCGAGCAUAUGAUAGCGAUGCGCAAUGUGUUGGAUCUCCACAACAUAUCAAGAGUGCAAAUGGAUCACCGAGUCCAGGCUCACGCAGGAUGGGACAAAACAACAUGUCGCAAAGCAGUCGAGAGUUCGACAACAUCCCACGUUUGAAGAAUGGAAGUGGGCAGAACUCCCCAGGCUCUCAGCGUGGUAACUUUGGCGGAUAUCCUUCAUCUACUCCACAUGGAAGUAUGAGAGGGCAUCUUGGUCAAAAUGAUGCAAGAUUGGCGGCCAGAGUCGCAGGUAAUCAAUCGACAACUUCGCUCAAUACCCAGCGUUCAGAUGAACUCGGCAACUUCGCCAGAUCCCAUCCGCAUCUCCACCCCAGUCAAGAGCAUCUGACUCCACCCACCCACGAAGUCAAUCGACGCCAAGGCGCAUUUUUGACUGGGAGUGGCGAGAACUUACAGAACUUGGUAGUUGAUUGGGCGAAAUACAUGGACUCGUCGGCCAAUGGUCCGCGCAAUGUGUCUUCAGAGUCGCUCGGUAGACAGUCGCCCCAGAUCAUGAAACCCAAGAGAGACAGGCUCGUCAGCACACCGACACGUUCGGAAGCACGUGUGCCAAAUCUGAGCGAUCUGGAUCUCUCGCAUAGGGCAAAAGCGUCAAACUUGACCUCAGGGCCUCCGUCAGCCAAUGCGUCGAUCACCGAGUUACCUCGAGCGGGCAGGUAUGGACUGCCCAUGGUCUCAUCGGAGAAUGUCCAAUCAAGUAUGAGAUCUGGAUCCUCGACCAUUGUCGGCCCUGAAACUCCAGUCCAAUCCACGCCUCACUUUCGUGAUGUGUCUUCGUUUUACUCACGACAAAGUGAUGAAGUAUUUGGGAGUGCAUCUACUGGAAUCCACUCACUCAGGGCACAUGCUGCAAAUGUCAUGGAGAGCUUGCCUAAUAUCCAAGGAAGACUGGUUGGCGACAGUGGAAACAUGGGGAAUGCACCAGCAGCUUCCGACCAGGUUACCGAAAACAAAUUUGACCCUCAUCAGGGUGCCAUUACUCCGAAGUCUGCCGAAGGUUAUAUAACACCAGUCACAAACGAAGGUAUGCGAAGGGUCAGCCCCGGGUGGAUGACUGGGGGUCGCCGGAUGGGAUAUGGUUACACCCUGGUAGACAGCGACGAAGCGUCUUCACGGCAGGACGGAAUGGAUGAUGCACAGCAAGCAAACGCAGCCUACGGCCGCCAAGCAUCCGGGUCAGCGACUGGUGUUGUGAGCAAAUAUGGGAUGAACGGAAGCGUCAGACAGCGAACGAGCCUCCAAUCCCCGGUUCAAACAUCGGCCUCCAAUGGGGCUUCCAAGACAAACAGCAGUCGCCACUCGCCUAGCAAAGUACCCACCAAUCCGAAGGAUGAGUCUAUUGCAUCACCCAUAAAGUGGGCGAAGACAAAAAGAAACUCACUCCGAGAUCACGGCCAUGCACCUCUCGCGGUGGAUCUUGCAAGCGAAGGCAUGUUCCUUGGUAAUGUGCGCAGUGGGGGUGUCCAAUCCUUGCAGCAACAUCAACACAUGACCCCUACCAGGGUAGACUAUGUUGAAGAUGACGGCAACUUCGCGAGUCGAUGGUCGCGAGGUAGCUUAUCGUCAAAAAGGCAGUCCCAAUCUCACAAAAAGAAUGACACAGGUGACAGACGCGAAUCAUAUGCUCCCGAGAUCUCCCCAACCCCAAACCGCCGCUUCUCGAUGGAUCAGAGCAACCGUCGCCCAUCCGUAUACUUUGAUCCAGCAAGCCAGAGGAGCGCGGAUAAAUUGAACGGGCAGCCUUCUCGAUCUCGUAGCGGUCGAUGGAUUUUGAGAUUCUCUCGGAUACGGGACAGCAGAAGACGCUCAUCCAAGCCCCCGAAAGAGCCCUCCCCAGACUCAUCCGCGGAUUACGAGGAGUGUGAAUCGAACGGCCACGGGGGAGCCGACUCCUUCAGAAGCGACGUUGCAGCUGACUUGGCCAAUGAGUAUCAGGAGUGCAUUCAAAUGCCUGGGGCGUUUUAUGGCAGCGGAUGGGCGAGUCGAACAAGUCUCAUUGUUGAUGCCGAGUAG